AUGAAGCAGCAGAUACUUACCAACGCCGAGGUGUUCAAAGUUAGUUCUUCUACAGGUUCUGAUAUCACUCAGGCACUUCUAAAAGCAUUUACAUCCGCAUGCCAAUCUCCGUCAGCGAGCCAAGUGGUGAUCCCAAAAGGAGAGUUCAAGCUUGGUGAGAUCGAGCUAACGGGUCCAUGCAAAGCUCCGGUCGAGAUCACCCUCAAAGGCACUGUCAAAGCUGAUGGUACCACCAAACAUGGGAAGGAAAGAUGGGUCGUCUUCUCAAGAAUCGAUGGGUUUAAGUUGAACGGAGGUGGAACCUUCGACGGUGAAGGAAACGCAGCUUGGAGAGUCAAUAACUGCCACAAGACUUUCGAGUGCAAGAAACUUCCCAUCAGUAUAAGGUUUGAUUUUGUGACAAAGGCUGAGAUAAGAGACAUAACCUCACUAGAUUCCAAGAACUUCCACGUAAACGUGAUCGGGGCCAAGAACAUGACCUUUACUAACGUCAAGGUCAUCGCUCCGGCAGAGAGCCCUAACACUGACGGUAUCCAUGUGGGAAGAAGUGAUGGAAUCAAGAUCCUCAACUCCAUGAUCUCCACCGGAGAUGAUUGUAUCUCUGUCGGAGACGGGAUGAAGAAUCUUCACGUGGAGGGAGUUGUGUGCGGUCCUGGCCACGGUAUCAGUGUUGGAAGUCUCGGAAGGUACGGGCACGAGCAAGAUGUCACCGGCAUUACCGUCAAGAACUGCACACUCCGAGAGACUGACAAUGGGCUCAGGAUCAAGACAUGGCCAUCUGCGGCUUGCGCCACCACAGCCUCCGGUAUUCAUUUUGAGAAUAUCAUCCUCAAGAACGUUAGCAACCCAAUCCUCAUCGACCAGGAGUACUGUCCUUGGAACCAAUGCAACAAGAACAAACCAUCGACGAUUAAGCUAGCGGACAUUAGGUUCACGAAUAUUAGAGGAACAUCAGGGAACAAGGACGCAGUGAAGCUAUUGUGCAGCAGGGGACAUCCAUGUGAGAACGUUGAGAUUGGAAACAUUGACAUUAAGUACAGUGGAGCCGAUGGUCCAGCCACUUUCCAGUGCUCAAACGUUAAGCCAAAGCUUGUAGGAACUCAGAACCCAAAGGCUUGUAGUGCCGGACCCGUGGUCAAGACACACUAA